AUGCACACAAUAAGUAAUCGCUUCAUUGUAUCAUUGGCAGUAUCAGAUUUAAUUAUUGGCAUUGAAGGGUAUCCACUAUUCACUUUAUAUGUUUUAAAUGGUGAUCGUUGGCCUUUGGGGUGGAUAGCAUGUGAGACUUGGCUUUUUCUUGAUUAUACAUUAUGCCUCGUAUCUAUUUUAACCGUGUUGUUAAUCACAGCUGAUCGGUAUUUAUCUGUGUGCCAUACAGCAUCAUAUAUUAAAUGGCAGUCACCUUCAAAAGCUCAAGUAACAAUUAUUCUCUCUUGGAUUAUUCCUGCCUUUAUAUUUGGCUUUACGAUCUAUGGCUGGUCACUAAUGUCAACCUCAUCCACUGGACUUGUCAAUGGCGAAUGUGCAGCUCCUUUUCUGGCCAAUCCUUAUGUGAAUAUGGGCAUGUAUGUUGUUUAUUACUGGACAACAUUGGUUGCAAUGCUUAUACUGUACAAAGGUAUUCACAAGGUUACUAAAAAACUUGAAAAAAGAGCUGGUGCUAAAGAGCGGCGUCAUUUAGCCUUAUUAUUUAGUCAACGAUUAGGAACUCAGGUUGGUGUCAAACUGAUGUUUUCUCAGCCAAAUAAUGAUUGCGAUGAAAGGACGGUAGUAGAGAAUGCUCAUAUUGCUGGUGACAUCGCAAAAGAUAAUGAUUACCACACUUUUACGGGAAAUGUUAUGCUUCAGAUAUCAGCAACUAAUAGUAAAACUGAUAAAGCUGAUAUGGGAAUGGUGCAUAAUGUUAAAGAAGAAACUGUACUAAAAUCGCUUUCAUCUUGGAAGCCAUCGUCAUCUACAGAACCUUUUUUAUCUGUAGAGAAGCAAACACCUAAAAUAAAUUUUCUCAAGCCAAUUCGAUCUCCUUCUAGAAUUGUAAAUUUAAAGCAUGAUACAUCAUUGCUCGAUGGUUAUGAUAAACCAGAGAUUAAAGAUGAGGAAACCUUAAGAGAAAUGAUUAAUGAUCGCAGUAGUGAUGUGCCUGAUAUCAAUGUCACACCGAUAGCGAUAAUUGAUUCCGGUGUUCAUGUUUGUGAUCAGCCGCUGUCUGCUUCUUUGGACUGUAGUGAUAAGCCUUCGAAUCAGGUUUGUGCAACUCGUCAUGCUGCAUAUCGUCGUUACGUAGCUGCAUUCAGACGGGAAACCGUUUCAGUGAAAAGAUUUUCUAAGAAAUGGGUCAGACAAAUCAAAAGUCAAGUAGCAGGUGCUCUUGGUGGUGAACGCGACUCUUUUCACUCCAGAUCUUCUUCAUCACUCUCAACCACAUCGUCAGUUGAAAAUUCACAUUCAAAAGCUUUGGUGGUGAAACAAACGAAAAUAAACAUUCCUACUAUUACGGUUACUCGACAAGACAGUGUCUCCAGAAAUGAUAGAAGGAAAAAACAGACUCCUCUCUCUUCUACAAUAUCCAGCAGCCGAAGGAACCGCAAAUGCUUACAAUUAAUGGCAAACCCUAUGGGUAGACCAAGAAUUUCAACAGUAAGUUUACAUUCCAGACCAUCACGUAAAUUGUCUUUGUCCAAUUUAAACCUCAAACGAGAACGAAUACUGCAGUCUAUCUUUUCCCCCCUAGCAUUGCUUCAACGGAAACGAAAGCAGACGAAAGCUGAACGACGAGCUCAUAAAGCAUUCCGUACAAUCACCUUCAUCGUUGGCUGUUUUGCAAUUCUCUGGUCACCAUAUUAUGUUGUGGCAACUGUUUAUGGGUUUUGUAGACAGUGCAUACCGACUUUACUGUAUACACUCACCUACUACAUGUGCUAUCUUAAUUCCAGUGGAAACCCGUUUGCGUACGCGUUGGCUAAUCGUCAAUUCCGUGCUGCUUUCCUGCGUAUGUUAAGGGGAAACUUUAGCAAAAACUUUUAA